CAUUGUCAGUUUAAACAUUAACAAGAGUCAAGUUGACUGACUGUGGCUGAAAGGCAGAUCUUUCACUGUCUCAUGCUGCAUUCUGAGGACAUUCAGAUACCAAUAUGAGCAACUUUGGGCAGAUCCUGAAAGAGAUCGGGGCGUUUGGUUUAUUUCAGAAACGUUUAGUGGCCGCAUUAAUCAUCCCCAGCGUGUUUGUAGCUUUUGAUGUGAUUGGCCAGGUGUUCACAGGCAUGCACUUCCCACAUCACUGUAACACUGACUGGAUCUUGGAGCAUGGGCCCAACCUGACAGAUGAGAGACGAAGAAAUCUCACCCUCCCGGUGAACAAGGAUGGAAGUUUUGAAAGCUGUAAAAUGUUCACACCUGUGGAUUUGGAUUUGGAAACAAUUGAAGCAUAUGGGAUUAACAGUACAUCUGGAUGCAUAAAUGGAUCAGAUUUUGAGGCACCCAGAGGUGCCUCCAGCAUUGUGACAGAGUUCAACCUGGUGUGUGACAGGAGCAGUUUGAUUGAGGCAUCACAGGCCAUCUACAUGGCCGGUCUUCUGGUUGGAGCGCUGGUGUUGGGACAGAUGGCUGACAGGUUUGGUCGACGCUUUGUGGUCCUGCUUUCACUCCUUUUCAUGCUGUUGUUUGGCGUCGGUGCUGCUUUCUCACCCAACAUCUAUGUUUAUAUAGUUGUCAAAUUUUUAGGUGGCAUCUCCAUUUCAGGCAUUAUUGUUAAUGCAUUUGUGAUAGGUGGAGAGUGGACUGAUUCCUCCAAGUUUGCUUUCUGCACCAUUAUCUGCUUCUCUUCUUUCCCUCUUGGACUGAUGGUGCUGUCUGGCAUUGCCUAUUUUAUCCGCAACUGGAGGAUCCUGCAGCUGGUGCUCUUCAGCCCUCUUGUCCUUGUUCUGGGAAUCUUUUACUGGAUUCUUCCAGAGUCUGCUCGCUGGCUCAUCACCCAGGGCAGGAAGGAGGAGGCCAUAAAGGAGGUACGGAGGGCAGCAAAGGUGAACAGGAGGAAGGUCCCGGAAGAUCUGCUAGACAAGCUGGAGGCUGAGGGUACAUCCAAAAGAGGAAACAUGUUGGACAUCUUCAGGAUAUCAUAUCUAAGAAAACGUGCUAUCAUAAUGAGCUAUAUCUGGUUUGGAACAAGUCUGAUGUACUACGGACUGAGCCUGAAUGUUGACAAUUUUGGUCUGGAUAUCUACCUCACACAGUUCAUCUUUGGCGUAGUAGAAAUUCCUGCACGUCUGGGCAGUUUGCCUCUCAUCCAGCACUUUGGGAGGAAAAUAUGUCAAGCAGGGGUCCUGUUGUUUGGAGGUUGUGCUUGUCUUGGGAUACUUGUCAUUCCAAAAGACCUUCCUGUGGUGGUAACAGUCAUAGCCGUACUGGGAAAAGUUGCCGCCACUGCCAGUUUCUCCAUAGUCUAUGUUUAUACUGCAGAACUAUACCCGACCAUUCUAAGGCAGAAUGGCGUAGGUCUAAACUCCACGUGUGCUCGUGUGGCGGGCAUCCUCGCUCCACUGAUCAGGCUCCUGGAUGUCUAUCAUUACACCAUCCCCAUGCUGAUAUAUGGUAUCAUCCCCAUUGCUGCUGCAGGUUUCUCUUUAUUACUGCCUGAAACCUGCAAUGUUGAACUCCAGGACCACGCUGAACUCAUAAAACCAGAGAAUAAGACUGAGAUGGGAUCCUUCUCUAAAUCAGGAAAGAGCACAAAAAUGUAAUUUAUAUGCACAUAACAGUUUUCACAGUUUUUUCAUAUCAGAAAAAAUUGUUUUCCUGCUCUCAACUGACAAUUUGCAACAAGAAUGUAUCAGAAUGCAGUUACCUAAAUGAAAAGCUUCAACUGUAUCAUGAUUAACUUAAAUAUAAUUUAAUUUUUUUGCACUUUACAAUCUGUUAAAAAAAUGUUUUACUGCUACAUAAGUUAUAGACUGUUUAAUAACUGGGAUUUGCAUAUAUUUUAAUUUAUGUAUAUGUGAAUUUGCUAUUCAGUUUUUGCACCUCAAUUUAAGUGUUUAAUAAUGGGCAGUACAUGUGUUCUUUUUUCUUUCUUUCUUUUCCCAUAGUAUUCCCUCUGUAUGUAUUUCAGUUGUUACAAGUCAACUGUUGAGCAUUAUGGCACAGCUAAAGAGAUAAAGUUAGUGAUUAGCUGGUGAACAUAUGGCAAAAAAAAAGAUUAAGGUUGCUUUAAACACUCUUGUCUUGCAUCUUAUGUUUGAAAAUGUAAACAGCUGCUCAUUAUUACUGCUUAUUUCUUUCAUUGCCAGUGUUAACACUGUGAAAUCAUAACCUUUUUUAGGUGCUAAGUACAAGCUAAUUUCAUUGGACUGAAGGCAGAUGUGAUGUGCUUUUCUUGCUAUGACCAUUUAAGUGUUCUGACAGCAUGAUGUUGGUACUUCCUCACUGGUCCACCACAUUUUUAAUGGAUUAAGUAACACAAUUUGUGCAGUAGCCACUCAAGGAGAAUGAACCAGGAGUUAUUUUACUCAGCCCACAGCAUUUAACUUUUUCUCUUACUACACAUUUAGGCACCUUGUCUCUGGUUGUCCAGCCAUAUGCAAAAAUGACACGUAUCUGUACGUCUUGGUUUUAAUUUUACUUCCUUGUUUUCCCCUUUAUUUAGUUCUUGUCCCUCUACACUAUGAACCACUUUGUAAGGACAAUGUUAUGUUUAAAGUGCUAAAUAAAUAAAGUUAAACUGA